UCUCCAAAAUGCUUCGCAAUCUUCUCCGUACCGCUAUCAGCAAAACGCUCACGACCAGCAAACCGUUUACCGGUAGUGCGUGGAGUGCCGGCGUCAGUGUUGCACAACCGGCCAACAGCCUUGCAACAUGUGCGAUGAGAAGACCACUCGCGGGGAUGAUCUCGAGUAGUAAUACUAACCGGAGCCCGAUUUUCGGUGUGUCAAGCAAAAACAUUCACACCAAAGGCGAACGCGAACUGGUGGAGUUUCUGGCCGAGGAAAUUGUGGCGGAGAAAAAAUCCAGCAACCAUGGCCCCAUUCCGACGUCGCUCAGCGGAUAUAAGGUGGCCUGCAAUCACGCGGAAGUGGAGCUGACGAAAUCUUCUGACCGUGAAAAGGUUACAAUCUCGUUCAAUGUGAACCACACGGUCGACAUGGACGGGGACAAUGCCGAGGCGACGGAAAGUAAGCCAGAAUUUUCGGCCAUGAAAAGCCGACCACAGUUUGAGGUCGAUAUUGUGCGCGGGGGCACGACGCUUUCGUUCACCUGUUCCUAUUUGCCCGGCGAAGCUCAGGAAGGAGAAUACAAUGAUGUGUUCGGUAUCGACGAGGUAACGAUUUUCCAGGGCGAGUGGAACGACAAAGUGUACGCCGUUGCCGGAGACGUUCUCGAUGGGUAUUUGUACGAUCUGCUGAUGAACUUCCUGGAAGAGAAGGGCAUUAGCAACGAGUUCGCGGAGAAAAUGUCCGAAUUUGCCAGCGCCUACGAGCACGCAAAAUACGUGGAGCUGCUCGAAGGCAUCUCUAAGUUCACCGUGGAGCAGAAGUGAAGCGAUACCGUCGCUACUCGUUUAAUAACUCCGACUUAUUUUCGGAGUCAACCCCGUCAUCCAUCCCAGUUCGCACAGUUGAACAACGUUAAGAUAGGAGGAAUCGCGUCUGGCAAAGUACAUGAUCAAUUGCUGCAUUUGUAUUGUUUAACCGUCAUGAUCAUCACACUUUCCUUUCUGGAAGCCCCCUCUAUGUCAUAGUGAACUAGAUCAUCUCGUCGUACAAAAAUAAAUAAAAACAAAACUUUAUUCAACUUCACUUGUG